AUGGCAACAAUAUUAUCACGAAGUCAUCCAGCGCUCAGGGCCGCAAGAUGGACUCGGGUCCGCUUUGUAUCUACCCUCGAAGGACGCCCUGACAUAUAUACAUUCCCCAAUGCCUCACCUUCAGGCGGCUACCUUCUCUCCCUAUUACCUUCCGAACCUCCAAAACCAGAACUGGCGAUCGGCACAACAACCAAACUCCCACCCACGCCCGACUCAUUCCAAGAAAACCCGUCGUUUCUGAAGAUACUACAGGAGGUCCUCUCGGAGCAUGCGCACGAGGACCCCGAAGUUAAGGCCGAAGCGAAGGUCAUGAUCUCGACUUCGGGCGCCAACCUGGGCUCCGGAGGAGUGUUCUUUGCGCCUCAGCGCGGCAAAAAGCGACCCGGGUAUGGAGGCGGAGGCGGUGCUGGAGGUGAUUCCGCCGGUGGUGCGAGUGCCCAGGGAGGCUUUGGGUCUGGUGGAAGGGGUGGCUGGAUUCACGUAUCGGACAGCCGGAGGCGCCCGGAGUAUGGCCGGAUUGCAUGGCCGGAGGAUAUUUUCGGGAGUUUGGAAGUUGACAACCAGGGAGAAUUCGUUGGAAAGAAUGGCAAUUAUCAGCCUAGCGGCACGUACAGAAUUGUAACUCUCAAUGGAAUACUCGGCUUAAGCCCAUUUUUGAGGGAGAAACUCGUGCAGAAACUCCGCGAACUGGAGCGUUAA